AUGAACGGACACUUUGCUUCUGUGGGCGACGAGUCGACAAAGGCCGACUACGAACAUGGCGUCCAAGUCAUUGAUGAGGACAAGGAGUUCAACCCCAAAAUCAACGCGUAUCUGCAAGCAACCAAUGUAGCUGACGCUGGCUUCAAUUACCACCUCAUCUCCGUCUUUGGCUCCCAGUCGACCGGCAAGUCAACACUGCUCAACAACCUCUUUGGUACCGACUUCAAUGUUAUGUCCGAGACGGAACGUCGACAGACCACCAAAGGAAUAUGGAUGUCAAAGAACAAGAAAGGGUCCAUGGCCGACAAUAUUCUUGUCAUGGACGUCGAGGGAACCGACGGCCGAGAACGCGGUGAGGAUCAAGACUUCGAAAGAAAGAGUGCACUCUUUGCGCUGGCCACAAGUGAGGUUCUGAUCGUGAACAUCUGGGAACACCAGGUGGGCUUGUACCAAGGAGCCAAUAUGGGGUUGUUGAAGACGGUCUUCGAAGUCAACAUGAUGCUGUUUCUUAAGGACAAGCAGUCAAACCCUCGAUCACUUCUCUUCUUCGUGAUCCGCGAUCACAUCGGUCAUACUCCGCUUUCAAACCUGCGAAACACUUUAAUACAAGAUUUAGCCAAGAUCUGGUCAUCCAUCUCGAAGCCUCCCGGCCUCGAGAACUCGCGCAUAGAAGACUACUUUGAUUUUGCUUUCUCCGCCUUGCCCCACAAGAUAUUACAGCCGGAGCAGUUUGUGGCCGAGGUCGGCAAGCUAGGCCAGCGAUUCGUCACAGCAAGUCGAAGUGGAAAGCCGCAAGGCGAGCAUGGUGAUCACGAAUUUGACGGGGGCAUUCUCCUGCCUGAAUAUCACAGAAGGAUUCCUGCCGAUGGCUUUUCUAUCUAUACCGAAGGCGUUUGGGACCAAAUUGUCAACAACAAAGAUCUCGAUCUGCCAACCCAACAAGAGUUGCUGGCACAGUUUCGAUGCGACGAGAUUGCCCGCGAGUGUCUCGUGGCAUUCGACGAAGUCAUCUCUCCCUUGGAGGAAAAGCAAGCUGAAAGCGCUCGCGUUGGCAAGCCGUUUGUGCUUCCGAAGCUGGGUGCCACGGGUAGCGCGGCUCGGGAGAAGUGUUUGAAAAACUUCGAGACGUCAGCCAGCAGAUACCACAAGGGCGUGUACAAGCGGAAGCAUACCGAGCUAGAAACGAAGCUCGACCAACGCUUAAAAGCUCUCUACCAUGGUCAAUUGUCCGCUGCUCACAAGUCGGGUGUGGCCACUUUCAGCGAAGCCGUUUCGGGCGCCGUGAAGGCGGGCCAAAAGUCAGGAGGCUCCUAUGAGUUUGCAGAAAUCGUUGACACGGAGAAGCAGAAAACACUGGAGUUCUUUAAGAAAGAAGCACAAAGUCUGGCCAUUGCGAACGUGCCCUGGACCAAUUUCAAAGCACAGUUCCUUCUUUUCGGCAAAGAACUAGAUGAAGUUAGUGCAAGGCUGAGAAAGGACGAAAUGCGGAGAUUGGCUACCAGAGUCGAACGCUGGGUCAGGUCGCGACUUGGGGAUGCUGUGGGUCUAGAAUUCAACAAACUCGGUUCUGGCAGAGGUGGCUCCGGAGCCCCCGAGACAGGCGAGAAACCCGCAACCGAGAAGGAUUUGUGGGAUCGAAUCUGGAACGUGUUCAUCACCAUCGUUGGGGAGGCUGAAGGUCGCUUUGCCGAUAGAGCGAAGAGCUUCGAGGCAAGUCAAGACGAGGUGGAUGUCGGCUUGUGGCGGCUACGUCGCAAGAGCUGGGUCGCGUUGAGAGAAAAGAUCGAGGAAGAGGUCAUGGAAGGCAACAUCCUGCUCAAGCUUCGCGAGAACUUCGAGGACAAGUUCCGAUACGACGAAGCUGGAGUUCCGCGGAUAUGGCGCCCAGCGGACGACAUAGAGGGUAUUUACACCAAGGCGCGGGAGUCGACUUUGACACUUAUUCCUCUCCUGUCCAGAUUCAGGCUGGCAGCUACCUACGCCGCGCCUGAUCUGCCCGACUUCGUUGGUCACCAACCUCGAGGUGUUGAAGCGGGGGAUGAAGAUGACCUCACUCCCAUCGGCGGGGUCGACGAAGAGGACGGCAAGAGCCUGGAAGAGGAAAUGACGGUCCUCAGUGAGGGAAAGCGCCAAGAUCUUGUGGUCAGAUUCAAGAAGACUGCAGAUGGUGUGUACGUUGAGGCCAAGCGCAGCGCCAUCGGUGGAGUCGCUCAGGUGCCACUGUACUUCUACGGAUUACUUUUGGCACUUGGAUGGAACGAGAUUAUCACCGUGCUUCGAAACCCGAUGCUCUUCCUCCUCAUGAUCAUCCUUGCUGGAGGAACUUACGUUGCCUACACUCUGAACCUCCUGGGCCCAAUGAUGCAAAUGAGCAGUGCUGCUUGGGGCCAGGGACUAGAGAUUGGAAAGCAGAAGCUCCGUGAGUUCCUGGAGAGCAACGAGACUGCCAGACAAGCCAUCGCCAUGCCUUCGCGUAGAGAUAGCGACAACAUCAGCAUGGACACAUUGGAUAGUCGAGGAAAGAAAGCAUCACGAGCCGCCGCCGAUGACGAUGACGACAUUUGA